AUGAGCCUGACACAUCAUGACAGCAAACUAUACGAGCAGUCACUAAAAAUCACGAAGAAGAUAAAGGAAAAAAUAUCUAACCGGAAGGGACCCAAGGAGGAUUCCAAGGAGGUCAAAGUCAAGGUUAAGGUCAAAGGUGUGCCUUAUAAAUACCUGGAGCGUAAUUACAAAACGAUAUGUCUCUCCGUGGGAUUCUGUAUCAACACGUUCCUCUACUUCACCUUUUGCUUCUUACUCAAUAAGCUCAUUGAGAGUGUCGUCUUUGCUGCGCUGUCCAGGGUAUCACAAUAUGAUUACGCCAACAGCCUGGUGGCGGGGUCCGUCAAGGCGACGAUUAUCCUGUUUCUGUGGUUCGAGUAUUGCUCGGGUGGCUACGAUGGCGACCCGUUUUUUCACUUCUUCAAGAGCAGGCUGAACCUGAUAGGCAGGGGUGAAGCGAAGGUCAUUUUCGUGUCCAACAUCGUAGGGACGCUGCUUUACCUCGGAGUGAUGAAGUUGUUUGUAGGGGAAGACCCCCCGUCGCCCAUCAGUUCUACCAUCCUAGAGAGGAUACAAAAUGGGAAAGUCACUAAAAGCAGAUCGAUCCUCACCUCUUUUGUGUAUCCCCAAAUCCCAUCUGUCGUGAAGAAUGCCCUUGUGCAACUCAUCAUUCUGACCUGCCCUCACGUGAGCAGCGCCAACAAAUACUACAAUAAGACCUUUCUAACGAACAUGGAUCUUUACUCCUCCAUCGUCAUGGACACAUAUCUGAAUGAGAUGAUUUGCUCCUUCCUCAAUUACGUCCUACUCCAUAUUUAUCUCUUCACCAAGGAUAAUUUACCUCAUCCGUUGGAAAUAAACCUCCUCUUGACUCAAAUCGUUUUGCUCUUUUCUACCCGAUGCUCAAAUGUUGUGAGUGGUCCCUUUAUGAGUCUCAGCUGGAUCUUAAAUGAAUCUGUUUCGAGAAAAUAUCAUUUUUUUUUCUCUCUCUUUUUAAUCAUUUUUCACUACUUGGGCUAUAAGCUAGCUAGCCAUUUUCUCGGACCACCUAAUCUGUCCCUAGCCGAUGCAGCCACUUAUUACACAAAUGUGAAGCAUGAGAUGCUUCAGAAUAAUGUGAACAAUGCAACGGGGCGUGUAAACAUUGCCCUCGUUCCCAAUGACAGCGUGGCGCUAAGUGAUGUCGUAGACAGUUACCUGGGACGCUUCUUUCAGAGGUGCUUCCAGUCCUACGGGGCGGUUUUGACGCCCCGUUGCACAUCCCUCGAGGGUGCCGUCCCAUGUAAACAGAACGGAGCGCGGGGCAGCAGCAGAAACAACGACAUCUGCAACAACGGCAUCAGCAACAACGGAAACAAUAGCUGCAACAGGAGCAACCCCCGGGUUGUCACCCCAAUUACAGCGCUAACAGGGGAGUAUCCAAUUGAGUGCCACGUUGGGGCAGCACCCCAUACCGGUGACAUCCGAAUGGGGAAGGGUAGGAAUAAUAGCUCAAGAGGUGAGACGAACCAGGAAAACAACGUCGCAACUGAAUGA